GAUUCUCGCUCCUUGCGCCUCAUCAUAACGCUCCCCUGUUCUUUUGGGCUUUAUCCAGGCAUCGCGACGAAGCUCUCGUUGUAGCAACGCGUCGCAGCGGCUCGUCGCCAUGGCGACGGCAUCUCUCACACAGACCGUGCUCCGAUGCCGUCAGCCGUCGAUCGUCCACUGCGUUCGCCAAGCCAAUAGCCGUCAGAGUACCACCUCCCACAUGCAUUCCUCCAUCUCUCCGUUUCAAAGCCUUUCUACAGCUAUCUGCCGGACAUGCACGCAAGCGAUCCUUCCAGGAAGCUACUGUAGGCAAUCCCAAGGAUCACCCCUGACCGUCAGUCCCCGCCAUUCUUCACCUCCCGGCCUCUCUCUGCGCGCCUCAGCGUCAAAUGCGCCGGCAGUCGCGGAGGAGAAAGCGGAAAAGGCGGAGAAGAAGGCCGCUUCGCGCGGACCGUCAGCGGCGGGCCCGCCGGCGGCGGGGAAGGCGGGAGGUGCGGGAGGCAAGGCGGAGAUGAUCGACGUGAGCCCGCCACGUGGCACGCGUGACUUCCCCCCAGACGACAUGCGGCUGCGCAACUGGCUGUUCGGCCACUUCAGACAGGUGUCGACGUUGUUCGGGUUCGAGGAGGUGGACUACCCCGUGCUGGAGUCGGAAGAGCUGUUCGUGCGCAAGGCGGGCGAGGAGAUCACACAGCAGCUGUACAACUUUGAGGACAAGGGCGGGCGGCGAGUGGCUCUGCGUCCCGAGCUCACGCCGUCGCUGGCACGCCUCGUGCUGCAAAAAGGCAAGUCGCUCCCGCUGCCGGUGAAGUGGUUUGCGAUUGGGCAGUGCUGGCGCUACGAGCGCAUGACACGUGGCAGGCGCAGGGAGCACUACCAGUGGAACAUGGACGUUCUGGGCGUGCCGGGCGUCGAGGCGGAAGCAGAGCUGCUGGCAGCGGUGGUGGCGUUCUUCACACGCGUGGGGCUCUCCUCCAAGGACGUGGGCAUUCGAGUCUCCAACCGCAAGGUGCUGCAAGAGGUGGUGGACGGCAGUGGUGUGCCCGCUGACAAGUUCGCAGCAGUCUGCGUGAUCGUAGACAAGAGGGACAAGAUCGGGGAGGGGGCGGUGGGGAAGGAACUGGCGGAGCUGGGGGUGAGCGAGACAGCAGCACGGGCCAUCCUGGGCACCAUGAAGAUCACAUCGCUGCAGCAACUACGAGAGCACUUGGCAGCUAGCGGGGUGCCCGAGAGCGGCAGUGCAGCGGUGGGCGAUUUGGAGCGGCUCUUCGUCCUGGCGGAGGCGCACGGCUUUGCGGACUGGCUCGAGUUUGAUGCCUCUGUGGUGCGCGGCCUGGCCUACUACACCGGCACCGUCUUUGAGGCGUUUGACAGGGCGGGCGAGCUGAGGGCCAUCUGUGGGGGUGGGCGGUAUGACCGCCUGCUCUCCACAUUUGGGGCUGCCGCUGACACACCUGCUUGCGGCUUCGGCUUCGGCGAUGCUGUCAUUGUGGAGCUUUUGAAGCAGAGGGGCCUAUUGCCAGCACUCCAACCAACAGUUGAUGACAUUAUUGUGCCUCUCGACCAAUCACUGAAUGGUGCAGCUGCCUCGCUGGCAGCUAGACUACGCCAGCAGGGCAGGCGGGUUGACCUGGUGCUUGAAACCAAGCGGCUGAAAUGGGCGUUCAAGCAGGCGGAGAGAGUCAACGCAUCAAGAAUGAUAAUCCUUGGCUCGUCAGAAUGGGAACGGGGGGUAGUCAAAGUGAAAGAUCUUGCUGCUCGGGAAGAGGUAGAAGUGCCAGUAGCUGAUGUUGUUUAGCGGAUGUUCAUCAGUUAUCAUAUAUACCUAUUCCAUUUUAUAUUAUUUGGCUCGCUUCUUGCAUUCGUUAUCGUUCAGACUGCAGCCAAUCAGGUUCAGUGUCAACGCGAGUCAUGCUGAGAACCUGGUAGGUGAGAUUGCAAUUUGG